AUGAAGCAACCGCCUUUCGACAGAACCGACUUUGUCCCCAGUCACUCGGCCGACCACAUUCUUCCCGCCGACCCCCUUUUCACCCGCCUGCUCACCCUUGCACAUCGCCCCAAUCCCAGGCCGGCGAUACGCGAUGUCAAUGCAGGGAUUGAAAGGACAGCCGCCCAGCUCCUGAGCGACGUGCUGGUCCUGCGUCGAGUGUUGAGAGACUCCCUGACACACGAAACCGUCCAAGACCUGCAGAAUGGGCGAGAAGUCUAUGUCAGUAUUUUGGCGCCAGGGGGUUACGAGUUUGUGGUGGGUGUGCUGGCCAUCCUUGCCUCCGGGGCUGCUGCCUCUCCCUUUAGCACCGCUCAGCCCGUGAAAGAAGGCUGCUACUACGUCAACAAGGCGAGGUCGGUUGCUGUCGUUACGGCCACGCCGGCUCUCAGGCUAGGUGAGGAUGUUGCGAGGGAAAUCCGCAAAACGACAAAUCCAGACUUUGCCUGUGUGCCCAUCAAUGUGAUCGAACGCGAGGCACCCUUCGCCCUCAACGAUAUCAAGAUCUCCUCCGACCGGUACCAAGAUCCCAAUGCUCCAGGCGUGGUCAUCUUUACCUCAGGCACGACGGGCCCACCGAAAGGAGCUGUGCUUCGUCGGGCUGCCAUGGUCGAUGGGUCGAUGUGCUUUGCACAGCAGAUUGGUCUGCAAGAGACUGAUGUCCUUCUUCAUCUCCUUCCUGUCCAUCACGCGACUGGAAUUUGGGUGUCAUUCUUCCCUUUCAUCCAGACGGGCGCUUGCAUCGAGUUCAAAUCCGGCAGCUUCGAUCCAGAAUGGACCUGGAAUCGGUGGCGGAAAGGUGGUCUGACGCACUUCACGGGUGUGCCAACCAUCUACAUGCGGAUGAUGCGAUACUACCUUGAACAUGCUACGAAGCUUCCCCCAAAUGAGGCAGCGACUUACAAAGCCGCUGCCGCAGCCUUCAAAGUCUGUCUCUGCGGUACCUCUGCCUUGCCCAAGCCGAUCAAUGAUUUCUGGACAAGUCUCAUGAAUGGUAGACGGAUCGUACAGCGGUACGGAUCCACCGAACUGGGCGUCGUCUUCAAUAUGCCCGCAGAUCCCAGCGAAGACAUCCCGGACGGCUCAGUAGGAGAACUGACCUAUGGUGUGGACGUGAAGCUCUCGGAGGGAGACGAAGGCGAAGUCCUCGCCAAGUCCUUCACCAUGUUCUCCAAAUAUCUACAUGACCCAGAAGCUACCGCAAAUGCGCAUGAUGCUGACGGCUACUUCAAAUCCGGGGACGUGGCUCGACGGGAAGGAAAGUACUACUUUAUCGUCGGCCGCGCGUCUGUCGACAUUAUCAAAUCUGGUGGGUACAAGAUCUCGGCGUUGGACAUUGAGCGAGAGCUGUUAGCCCUACCGUAUAUCGGAGAGGCUAUGGUGGUAGGUGUUCCCGACAUGGAAUUCGGACAGCGAGUUGGUGCGGUUGUAUCCUUGCGCAACGACGAAGUCGCCCAGAACUUUUACAAGAAGAACAAUAGAGAUCCAGAGAAGCUGAGCUUGGAUGACCUGCGUGCUGACGUACGGAGUCGUCUCGCCGGAUAUAAAAUGCCGACUCUGCUAAGAGUGAUUGAGGGGGAAUUACCCAAGAGCGGCACAGGGAAGGUGGUCAAGAAGACUCUUGGGCCGCAGUACUUCCCUGCGAACUACAUCGAAGAUAAGGAUGUGCAGGUUUGGUCGAGGAAGCCCACUGCAAGAGACUCAAGGCUUUGA